CGUGGUAACUGGUACUUUUUAGUUUCACGAAAGUGCAGUUCAAAUAAAAAUGGGGUGUGUAGACUGUGUAGUUAAUGUAGUGAAGUGUGUUUUGCUUGCCGUUAAUACGUUAUACUCUAUAUUGGGUAUUGGAGUAAUAGCGAUUGGUGCACUGUUACUGGCGUACCAGUCUGAAAUUGAGAUAUUGAUCGCGCACAAAUAUUCCCUGGAUGUUUAUCGCGGUGUAUCGAUUGCGGUCAUCGUCUGCGGAUGCUUUUUGUUUUUUGUAGCCCUUUUUGGUUGCUGUGGAGUUAUAGCAAAAAAUCCACAUCUUCUUUUAGGGUUCGCGGUAUUUAUGACAAUAUUACUGGCCGCUAAGAUUUAUGUGGUUAUAAAAAUACGUAGCCCAACGUUCAAAGAAUCAGUCGUAGGUAAACUGGAUAAUGCAUUGAAAUUGGAUGAUCCCAAAGCACAAAAUAUUCAUUUAAUUGAAAUUGGGUUUAAAUGUUGCGGGACCAUGGGUGCGGAAUCAUAUGAAAAACUGAAUAUAACAAUACUGCCAAUAACUUGCUGCCCUACCGAAACGCGAUCCAUAAGAACCCGACCAAGCCCAUGUUUAAAAGAAAACGCCUACAAUGGAUGCCUAAAAAUAUUUUUUGAUGCACUCCUCUAUGCUGUUUUGACAUUUAUAAUCAUCGAGACUGUCGGCGUGAUUUUCGCUUGGUGCCUGAUCUGCGACCUAAAUGCUAAGAUGUUUUUAUAGUACGAAGUAGUAACAAAUUUGA